CUCAUCAUGGUUGCAACCAUGUUGAACAAAGAACGACUCUUUAUCCCAUAACAAAUCAUUGCCUCUAUUGAAUAUUUCUUGCCAAAUAUCUCUUUCCACCUUCACUCAAAUCUCCCUCGCACUCCCUGAACCACAUGACAUCGAUCCCUACUCUACUACCACUACUACUUUCAUGAGUUUGUUAUGACUAUGAAGCAGUGUCAAAGUAGGAAGGAGAGAGGAGGGUUCCAGUAAACGCACCAUGAUCUUCAUAAAAUCCUUGUUUCUUCUUCUCCUACUACAAUAUUUGGCUUUAACAUCUGGUGAAACAAAUUCAGGCCAUCACAACCCCCCUCACCACUCUUUGAUCUCCGAUAAGGCUGCUCUGUUGGCAUUCAAAAAGACCAUAACACUCGAUCCAAACUCCACCCUUGCUAACUGGGAAGAGGCUGUUGACGUCUGCAAUUUCACUGGUGUGAAAUGCAACAAACACCAUCACCGUGUACAACAACUCUGGCUCGAACACAAAGAACUUGUAGGGCUUCUUUCACCCUGCAUUUCUAACCUCACCGGCCUUCGUAAGCUGGUGCUUGUCGGCAAUCACUUGUUUGGAAACAUUCCGCCUGAGUUUUCAUCGCUUCGACGUCUCCGCUAUCUUCGGCUCGAGGAAAACAAACUACAUGGCUCAAUACCAGACUCCUUUUCCCUUCUUUCCAAACUUACUCAAUUAUAUAUUCAGCGAAACAACAUAAGCGGUACACUUCCACCUUCCUUAUUCUCCAACUGCACUUUGUUAGACAACAUCGACUUCUCCGAAAACAUGCUGACAGGCAAAAUCCCAGACGAGAUUGGAAACUGUCCAGCUCUGUCGAUUGUCCAUCUGUACAAUAACCAAUUUACUGGACAACUUCCUUUCGCUUUAACUAAUGCUUCACUGUACGGCCUUGAUGUGGGGUACAAUCUUUUUUCAGGUGAACUGCCUUCAGAGAUUGUAAGGAACCUGCCUACACUUGACUAUCUCCAUUUAUCAUAUAAUCAUAUGAAAAGCCAUGAUGGCAACACCAAUCUUGACCCAUUCUUCAUUGCCCUUGAAAACUGCACUUCUCUAGAGGAGCUCGAACUUGCCGGCAUGGGCCUCGGGGGGCGAUUGCCGAUCUCGGUCGGCCGACUUUCUGUCUGGCUAUCAGAUCUUGAACUACAGGAAAACCAAAUCUUCGGAUCAAUUCCUCCAAAUUUAGGUAAUUUUUCCAACCUUUUAAGUGUGAACUUCACAUCCAAUCUUCUAGAUGGAAACAUUCCUCAAGAGAUAAGCCGCUUGUCAGGAUUGCAACAGCUUUUGUUAUCAGACAACCUUUUCCAUGGUUCAAUUCCUCCAGCAUUAAGCAAGCUUCCUAAACUGGAUCGGCUAGACCUAUCAAACAACAAAUUCUCUGGUGAAAUCCCAGAAAGUUUAGGAAAUUUGGCUCGACUAAAUUCUCUGUUUCUGAACAACAACCUUCUGUCAGGAACAAUACCUCCAACUUUAGGACAGUGCACAAAUCUGUACAGGCUUGAUUUAUCAUACAAUAGAUUGACAGGGAGCAUCCCUCCACAGUUUUCAGGUCUGCAUGAGAUCAGAAUUUUUAUAAAUCUUUCGCACAAUCAUCUGGAAGGGCCUCUACCAAUCGAGCUUAGCAAGCUGGACAAAGUUCAAGAGAUCGAUGUCUCUUCCAACAAACUUACUGGAACUAUUUUUCCUCAGAUAUCCAGCUGCAUUGCGCUGAUGAGGAUCAACAUCUCAGACAACUCUCUUGAUGGGAAUCUUCCAGAAUCCAUAGGGAAACUACGAAACCUCGAAGCCCUUGACGUUUCAGGAAACAACUUAUCUGGGAUGAUUCCAGUAAGCCUCAACAAAAUCCAGACACUCGCCUAUCUAAAUCUUUCCUUUAACGACUUUGAAGGGAUGAUUCCCAAUGGUGGCAUCUUUGAUUCACUAACAAGGAUGUCGUUCUUGGAGAAUCGCCGACUCUGCAGAGCAGUUUCCGGCAGAGUUUCUGGCAUUCCGAUUUGCCGUCCAAAGAUACGUUGGCUUCAUAAACGUGUGUACUUGGUUAUAUUCGUCCUGGGGAUAUUCAUAUCAGUAUUCUUAUCAACAAUAUGUUGCGUGAUCGGAUUCCGGCGAUUCAGAGUAAUCAUUCACUCUCGGAAGACUGAACCAGUCAGAAAACCGACUAUCCCUGAACUAAUCCACAGUUUCCCAAGAAUCACCCACAAAGAACUAUCAGAUGCGACAGGAGGAUUCGAUGAGCAGAGUCUGAUUGGGUCAGGAAGUUAUGGACGAGUCUACAGGGGAGUUCUUCCAGACGGAACAGCCAUUGCAGUGAAAGUUUUACAUGUGCAAUCUGGAAACUCAACGAAGAGUUUUAACAGAGAAUGCCAAGUCUUGAAGAGGAUCCGUCACAGGAACCUGAUUAGGAUUAUAACAGCAUGCAGUCUACCCGAUUUUAAGGCUCUUGUUCUUCCUUAUAUGGCAAAUGGGAGCUUGGAUAGCUUUCUCUAUACGGGUUCUUCAGAUUUGAGUCUCAUCCAGAGGGUGAAUAUUUGCAGUGACAUAGCUCAAGGGAUGGCGUAUCUGCAUCAUCACUCCCCUGUCAGAGUCAUACACUGUGAUCUAAAGCCAUGCAAUGUUCUUCUCAAUGAUGACAUGACGGCUCUAGUUUCUGACUUUGGGAUAGCAAAGUUGGUCAUGACUGCUGGAGGGGGAAAUGGUGGAGCUGUUGAAGUGGGAAACUCUACAGCAAACAUGUUAUGUGGAUCUAUUGGAUACAUCGCACCAGAGUAUGGUUUUGGAUCAAAUCCAUCUACAAAAGGAGAUGUUUACAGCUUCGGCAUUCUAGUGCUUGAGAUGGUGACAAGAAAAAGACCAACAGACGACAUGUUUGGAGGUGGGCUAAGCCUUCACAAAUGGGUGAAGAGCCACUUCCAUGGAAGGGUGGAAAGAGUGGUAGAUCCUUCGUUGGUGGCAGCUUUAAGGGAUCUAUCCCCAUUAGUAAAGAAAAUGAAGGAAGUUGCAAUUGGAGAGUUAAUCGAGUUGGGUAUUCUUUGCACACAGGAGUCAUCAUCUACAAGGCCAACAAUGCUUGAUGCUGCCGAUGAUCUGGAUCGGCUCAAGAGAUACCUUACUGGGGACACUACAGCAACGUUCGCCUCUUCUCUUGGAAUUUCAUCUUCCACUUUCGACGAUGACUAACACUUUCUCUGCUUCUUGUACUGAUACAUUCUAAUGCCAUUUAUUUUGUGAUUUA